AUGGGUGACGAUAUUCCUUCCACGUCAUCUUACCAAUGGAGGAAUGGUUCAUUUUACCAUGAGAUUGAGAACGCAACCCAAGAGCAGCUUUGGUUCGGAAUCUAUGGCAGAGAAGCAACGUCAGUGAAAGAGGCGAAACAACUCCUAAUCAGAUUUCGAGGAGAACUUAAUCUAGUUCGUAAUCAGAUCGUUGGAAAAAUUCAGAAAAGAGAAAUGAGACAGCGCCCUUUGUGUGUAUACAUUUCGGAGUUCCUAAACGAUCUCACUCACAGUUUGUGCAAAUUCGAAACGCGAUUUUUUCCUAUGGAAUGGGUACUUCCCGAUAACUGCUGUAUUCCACAUGAGUUUUCAAAGAGUGCUCCUGAAGGAAAGUACACAAUGAUUAUUUCAAUACGCAUGCAACCAUUGUCUGAUGUACUACAAGAUCCUGAAAGUUCUAAAAUAGCGCAACAUAUCUCUGAAAUGCCGGACCAGACAUCCCAGAAAUCUGCAUAUGACAGAGCAAGUACAUUCUUCAGAAAGUUUGUGAAUGAUGCCGUUGAACAUUUAUACGGUUACAAUAUAAAAUGGGUUAUCGAAAAUGAUCCACCAGAACCAAAGCGGGUCAUUGAGAAGAGACGACAACUGCAAUAUGAAUUAUAUGUAGGAUCCCUUUUGAAAUACGAAACUGCCGAGAAAAGGAUGAGAAUUGAUGAUUCGCAGAUCAAGACAAAGACUGACGAAAAUAAGAAAAGAUUACGAAAAGUAGAAGAGGUCACCGAGUUUAUUCCGAUAGAACCCAAAAAUGCCUUUGAAAGAGUUAGUGGUGACAAUGAUUCAUCGUCAGUGAAUGAAGCGCAAGGAGAAAUAUCUGGAGAACCGGAACACUCACAGCUCAGAAUGCCGUCAUAUUUUGAGAAGAAUCCGGACAAAAGGAAUGAAAUCAGUCAGAUUCUGGCGAAGGUCGAAAGAAAUCGUGAGAAGCUCAAUGACAGUGUUGGUUUGAUAGCCGGUCAAUCGCGUGUUUACAAUCAAGAAGGAAGCAUGCAUCGAACAUCUUUCAAUAGUUCCCUAAUCUAUCAAGAAAGUACAAAAGAUUCUCAAGUUGGAGCAGUACUAAAUAAAUCAUGCCCCAGAGACAGCUUGGAUGUUCAUCAUUCUAGGGAAAAUAUUGGACGAUUAAUCAAGGAAGCGAACAUAAUCCUGAAUACUCAUGAACCAAGUUCUCAUGAAUCCAUUUUAUCGAUAGGCAGCAAGUAUCCGAGCGACGAUUCUUGUCUGACCUCCUCGACGUGUUCCCGAUCUGAAAGAGUUACUGAUGAGAGCAAUGGACGACAUGGAAUGAACUCUUCUUGUGACAAACCAACAAUGAAGACUAUUUCCGAUGUGUUAACGAUCAUGACAGAUGCUGAGGAGCAGAAAAUUCGACAUGUUCGUUAUACUCCUCCUUCCAGUAGUCCUCGUCUGAAUAUUGUCAACGAUGACUCGACGAAUGCUUCACCUGUCAGUAAAACUAUGUUGUCAACGCCAAUAUCUUGGAGUCCGGGAUAUCUAGAUGAUAAAUCGAUUGAUUCUAGGAUCAAGGAUACGAUUAGAGACCUAGAAUUGAUGGAUAAUGAGACGUCUCUCGAUAUUUCUCCAACUUCAUAUCAAGAGAAGAACGAAGAAAUGGACGGAUGUCCACUACUUGAAUCAGAUGAGUCUGAUGAAGAAUAUGGUGACUUUAUUGGAUAUUCAGAAGCUCAUGCUUCACAAAUUCCAACUCGAGGGCAAAAUUUUGACGUUUCCCAAAUAAAGGAAAAGAAGUCAGAUGUUCAUGCAAGUUAUGUAACUGUGUCUACCGAAGAAACUGAUGAAGUGAUUGUUGAAAAUUUAUCAUGUCCUUCCGAAGAAAACAAUUACUCAGAUAUUAAAGAAGUCAAUCGCUCCGAAAUUUCUGGAAAUAUGAAUAAUUCGGAAGGUUCACUUGUGGAAAACCCAACCCAAAUAUCACUCAAAUUUCCACAAAAACCACAGUGGAAUCAGUGCGCCGUAGCACCGAGAAAGGAAGAAAAAUCAUCGAAAUCCACGUCCACUUCUACCUUUAAACACAACACAAACAUUUCUUCACCUUUUCAAAAUAAGUUAUCUACACCUAGCGUUACCAUAAAAUUCGCUAAGAAAAAACUUUCGCCGUUAGUUGCGAAAGGGUUCGGGUUCAAUUACGAAGACGUCACAUCAGAAACACUGCAUCUUUUGCCGAAGCAUAUUCAGUUAAUGUCUAGAAUGAAAGCGAGCGAGAAUCGCAAAUAUUGGUUCAAUCAAAUAAUCGAGAAGUAUGAGCUUUUUGGUGAAUAUGGAAUACUAUGCAAAAAUGAAGAAACUAAAAAACUGAUGAAGAAUGUUUGCAGUCAGUUAUCCUCUAACCAACCAACGAUAUCCCAUGGUACUACAUCACAAUUUUCGAGCUUCUUUAACACAAAAAAGGAAGAGCCUGUGGAUCAUCACCAACUGAAAAAAUUCCUGAAGAAUAAUAUAAAAAAUCGGUUCAGAUUGGAUUCAGGUCAAUUUAAGUACUACAUUCCAAAUAAUUGGAUAGAUCAUUUGUGUCAACUCGUCAGCGGCAAAUCUGCAUCGUUCAAUUUCAUAAGCUCUCUUGGAGAUGAAGACUGUGCACUCUGGUAUAUUGCGAGGCACUUACCUGCACAUGCGGAAAGAGAGAUGAAGCAGCGGAAUUUCGAAUUGUGUAUGAAGCUAGUAUUUGAUCUUGUGCGGACCGUGCUGAUUCUGAAGAUAGAUGAUAAUGGAGAUCAUCAUUUGUUCUUUGAUGGAACGUUGGAUUUUAAGACUCCGCCCACAUAUGCAAACUCAACUUCCAGCUCACCACUAGAAUCCGAAUGA